ACUCCUCCCGUUUACUCCCCCCGUACAACAGCUCGCCAGCCAGCCUCCUCGACCUCGCUUAAAGCCAACCCAACAGGCAACAGCCCACUCUCUCCUCUCCUGUGGCCCCUCCCUCUCCCACGCGCAAGGCACAACACAAGGCAGGCAACGGCACAUCACUUGGUGGAGCAGCUAGCCAGUUGGGAAGAGAGAAAGAGAAGCAGAGCAGGAGGGGGGAGAAGAGGAGGGAGGAGAGAAGAGCGGCAGCCAAGAAGAGGAGAGGAGGGGCAAGAUGCUGCGUGGCGGCACGAGCGUGCUGGGGAUCGUCAACUUCAUCACCUUCCUGAUCUCGAUCCCCAUCCUGGGCGGCGGCAUCUGGCUGGCGUCCCGGGCCAACUCCACCGACUGCAUCCGCUUCCUGCAGUGGCCCAUCAUCAUCGUGGGGCUCGUCCUCAUGGUCAUCUCCCUCAUGGGCUUCGCCGGCGCCUGCUACCGCCAGACCUGGCUCCUCCGCCUCUACCUCUUCGCCAUGUUCUUCGUCGUCCUCGCGCUCCUCUUCUUCAUCGUCUUCGCCUUCGCCGUCACCGACCGCGGCGACGGCCAGGUCGUCAUGAACCGCCGCUUCCUCGAGUACCAGCUCUCCGACUACAGCGGCUGGCUCCGCGACCGCGUCGCCGACCCGGAGUACUGGGCCACCAUCAGCGCCUGCCUCCGCGACGGCCACGCCUGCUCCGGCAUGAGGCGAUACGCGCGCGACCCCAACACCGGCAUGCGCGUGCCGGAGACGCCCGACUUGUUCUACGCCCGCAACCUCUCCCCCAUUCAGUCUGGAUGCUGCAAACCACCAUCAUCAUGUGGGUUCACCUACAAUAACGAGACAUACUGGACACCAAAUCCCGGUGUCCCGGCGAUCAGCGAUCCGGAUUGCAACAGGUGGAGCAACGACCAGCAGACGCUCUGCUUCCAGUGUAACUCGUGCAAGGCGGGUGUCCUGGCGGGCAUCAAGAAGAGCUGGCGCAAGGUGGCCAUCCUAAACAUUGUAGUGCUGAUCAUUCUCGUUAUCGUCUAUGUUGCUGGCUGUGCUGCGUUCCGUAACGCCAAGAGGAUCGAGAACGAUGAGCCCAUCGGCAUGGCGCGGAUGACCAAGUCCCAGCCGAGCAGGUUCCAGUUCUAGACUGCCGUGGGAGGUUCGGAAGUUUUUGCCUUGUACAAAUGACCACACUGGGUGGUGCUAUGGCUUGGCCUUUGUUAGAUCUUACUGAAAUGUGGGGUCAACUACAUUUGGGUGGUGAACAGGGAAGGAGUUCGCUUAUCAAAAAGUUUAAGUGGUUUAUUUUUGUGCUUGCCUUAGUGUUUAGGGUAGGUCUAUUAUGUAUUGGGUGCAAAAAAGAUGGGAUCUGCAAGAAACAAGAGUACUUCACUUAGGAAUGUAUUGUUCUGUAUGGGAGAUUUUUAUGUCAUCUUUCCUAGAAGAAUUUGUCAUCUUCUGCAUUCUAGAAGAUAGUGUUACGAUGGUACCAUGAUGGAAUGUACUCUGAAUUUCAAGAUUGUAUGGCAACUGGAGCUUUCAGUAUGACGGUCGCAAAAUUUGAAUGUUUCA